AUGGCCAGCGGUAUUGGAGACCCUCCACCGGCAAGCGCCACCCAUCAAGGCACCGGGAGCAUCUCUGCUUCAGGCAAAAUGCAAUUAACUCUGUUCGGCGAGGCCGAGAGCACUUGCGAGGCACGCAUUCGGGUCCUUGAGGCGCACAUCCUUGAUGUUCAAGCUCAAAACCUAGUUCUUGCAAGCAAUGGGUCGAAUGUCAAUUCAGAUUCCCAGCACCGAAGCGCAAUGACCCUUCAAACACAGACCGUGGACCUCCACCGCCUGGUGAAUUUCAUGGAGAGCAUGUCAAGCCGAUCUGGAUCUUCCUCCGUCCCUAGGGACCGCAAUUCUGCCUCCGAGGAGACAGUGAUGAACUAUGUGGCUACUCACUUCAAUAACCCCAUCGAAAGCGCGACCUUGGGGCUUGAUUCGCAAAUGUAG